AUGGCUCCUCCCGACGACCCGCCGAGGAAUGUGCCUCAUCUUCGUCUGAAUUCUGGCUACGAGGAUCCCUUUAAUGAUCAACCUGGGAGUGCCCAGGAAUCACCCAACGCCUCUCGCCCGUUAAUCACACCCCCCGAACCUCCAUAUUCCCCCAUUGGUCGGGCUGAAACUUUGUCGGAAAACAACCUAACUAUCCCUCAAUCGCGAGCACAAGCAUACCGUGAAUAUGUUGAGAAUCACCGCAAAGAUGUUGUCGACGCACCGUCUCGUUCCUCUCGCCGAACUAGCUGGAGUUCCGAUGGUGGUAGCCGUAACAGUCGACACUACCUGGAAAGCUCACUCCUCCAAUCAAAAUUGCCAUCAAGAGCAGGGAGUGAUGAUGAGGAAAUCAACACACAAACGGUAGUUGAGAAAUUUGCUAUUUUACCCGACAAGGAUCUCAUCGUCUACCCGCAUGACGUGGAAAAGGACGAUGAAAUGCAUAAUCCUGACCCCAGCGACAAAAAACGAGACUGUCGCAUCUUCACAAAACGAGGCAUGGCGAAUGUUGGGUUUUUGGCCCUGCUUUGCAUGGGAGUUUUAACCCUCUUCAUAGGCUACCCCGUAAUCACGUUUGCCGGAAAGCUCUUUCGACCACCAGAUCAAAUUGGUUGUAGAGGCGAUCCUAUGUGUAUUGACGUUGGGGAUGUUCCUUUGUUAAAGAAUAUUCGUACCUCGUUAAUUGACCCUGAUACCCCCCAGUCAGUUAGAUCGAUCAAGACUGCAGACGGGAAAAAGUGGGAUUUAGUGUUUUCUGAUGAGUUCAAUCGUGAUGGGCGUACGUUUUUCGACGGCGAUGAUCCCUAUUUCCAAGCGGUUGAUAUUUGGUACGGUGUUACACAGGAUUUGGAGUGGUACGACCCUGAUGCGGUGACAACUAAGGACGGAGUUCUUGAAAUUCGUUUUGAUGCCUUCCAAAAUCAUGGACUCAAUUAUCGAUCGGGUAUGGUUCAAUCGUGGAACCAGCUCUGCUUCACCGGCGGUCGUAUUGAGGCGAGUAUCUCUCUUCCCGCUCGUGGCGACACAUCUGGCCUUUGGCCCGGUUUCUGGACGAUGGGCAACCUUGGACGCGCUGGAUAUGCUGCAACAACUGAAGGAAUGUGGCCUUACACGUAUCAUGACGAAUGUGACGCGGGUAUCACUGCAAACCAAAGCUCGUCGGAUGGACUUAGCUUUUUGCCCGGUAUGAAACUUCCAGCUUGCACUUGCAAAGGAGAAGACCACCCUACGCCUGGAAGAUCUCGUAGUGCCCCUGAAAUCGAUGUCAUCGAAGCCAGUGUGCAUCCUCUCGAUAAGAAUAUUCCGUCAACAAUUGGCGACGUAUCUCAGAGUGCCCAGAUUGCACCCUUUGAUAUUUGGUAUAUGCCAAAUUAUGAAUUCAUGGAGCUGUAUGAUCCCAAAGUCACACAUAUCAAUAGUUAUCGGGGUGGACCUUUCCAACAAGCCAUUUCUGGCAUCACAAAUUUGAACAACGACUGGUAUGAUGGCAAAGCAUACCAAGUCUAUGCUUUUGAAUACACACCUGGCGCGAAGGGAGAUAUUACGUGGUUCGUUGGCAAAGAAAAGACCUGGAAGAUUGACGGUCGGGCCAUAGGACCAAAUGGCAAUGUUGGACAGCGAGUGAUCCCAGUCGAGCCCUUGACCAUCAUCAUGAACUUGGGUAUUUCGCCGAGUUUCACAUUUUUAAAUAUGACAGGCCUGGCUCCGUUGCUACCGGCCAAAAUGCGAUUCGAUUAUGUGAGAGUAUAUCAGGACCCAGAUCAAAAGAGCACGACUUGUGAUCCUCCAGGGAUGGGAACAACCCAAUAUAUUCGAAAGCACCAGGACGUUUACAUGAACCCUAAUUUAACAAGCUGGUCACAAACCAACUAUGCUUGGCCAAAGAACUCAUUUGUUCAUGGGUGUUAA